CAGAGAAAAAAGUGAUCUGUGUGUUCCUUUGAAGUUCCUUUUUGGCUUCAUCCUUCCAGUUACCUUCAGAGAGCAAGAUGUACACGGCGGGGACCGAGAGCUUCUUGCGUCAGGCCAGGGAAAUCCAGGACGAUGAACUGAAGAAAUUCAUUUCUCGAAUCCACGUCCUCCUCCAGAAUCAUGACCUGGGCAGCGAAACUAUUGACUGCUUGCAAAGGCUCCUCCUUAUUGUCUCAGCCACGAAAUACAGGCGGAACUUCCCUCAUGUGGGCGGUAAAAUGGAAGACAUAGAAGCCGCGGGGCAGCGUGUGGUGAAAAUCCUCGAAGGCCGACUUCCCGAAGGUCCGAAUGCAAGGCACCUCCUUCCCCUCUUGUCAAAGGUCAUCAGUCUUGCACCAGCGAACCUUAGUGAAGAUCAGAUCAAUCUGCUCAGCAAAAGGAUGGUGGACUGGCUGAGGUAUGCCAGUGUCCAGCAAGGAGUUCCCCAGACCUCAGGAGGCUUCUUCAAUCCCAGAGCAAGACAGCCAGGUCCCAUUGCGGAGGUUGAUGGCACGGUCGCUACAGACUUCUUCACCGUGCUUUCAGUUGGGCAGUAUUACACCGAGGACCAGUGGCUCAACAUGCAGGCUUUUUCCAUAUUGCGGAAGUGGCUCCUGUGCUAUGGCAGCGACGGAGCAGCUGGUCCAAAUUCUGAUGACAAGUCUGAGGUGGAUGGCUCUAUUGUGUCCAUGGUCUCUGUCACCUCCAGCUCCAGCCGCCUUCUUCCUCCAAAGGAGCGCUUGCGGGAGAAGGCUUUCGAAUACUGCCAGCGUCUUAUAGAGCAGUGCAACCGCCGUGCUCUGAAGAAGGCAGAUGCCGAGCUGCAGAAAGCAUGUCUCGUGGAAGCAAUCACCAUCAUGGAUAUUAUUUGCAGGCAGGAUUCCUCUUACGUCUACCGCUCACUCUCUUGUCUGAAGAACUUGCACAGCCGGAUCAGCGGAGACCUUUCCUACGCUCGGGUGUUGCUGCCUAUUGCCCAGUUCUUCCUGAACCACAGCGAGACAGCAGCAGUGGACUCGGAGGCCGUUUACAAGCACCUGUUCACCAAGGUCCCCGCUCAGCUCUUCCACAGCCCCACGCUGGCCUACGAGUUUGUCCAGUUCUGCAGGCACAACCUUCCCUUAUUUGCCGAGAGCGUCAGCAUCUUCCGCCAGAACACCCCAAACAUAUUCAAGUUCCUAGCAUGGAAUAGCCCAGCCCUGGUUGCGGACUAUAUGGACAUUUUGCCAGCCUUGCUUGGACCGGACACGGCCUUGGAGAUAUUUCACUUGCUGCUCGACCUGCCUUGUUUGACUGCUGUGCUGGAUGUCCAACUGAGGUCUUCCCUGACUCCGCUGUCUGAACGGACGCCCUUGGACCCUUCUUCAAAGCCAACCACUUGCCAGGAAGCCCUCCGUCACCCGGAAUACAGGGGCCUCUUCCAGUAUCUCCUCCGGGCCGAGUUGGCGCCUGGAGAGCCAGGCAGGUUGGCUCCUGUCCGCCAGCUCCUGGGGUCUGUGCCCACUCCCCCUCGCGUUACGCAGUGUGCAGAGAGCGUCCCUGUCCUGCUGCAACUCUUCUUUGGAGUUGUAGCCAAGUUUGCAGAUGGGUCCCUUGCAAGCAAACUGGUCUUGGCAAUGCUGGAGAGAAGUGACCAGCUUUACGAAGUUCCAGGGUUCAGGACAGAAGUGUACAGAGUGAUGAGCUCCCAGUUGCCUGUUCUGUGCAAGCUGCAUCCUUCGUUGGUUGUGGAACUCUCCAAGCCGCUUCUGGAGUUUUCAGGAACAGUCACCAACAUCCAGAACAAAGAGGAUAUCUUCACCCAUGUGGUGUGGGCCAUUGGUGAAUACGUGUCGGUCUUCCACGACAAGAGGUGCACAGCCGAGCAGAUCAACAAGUACUUUGAAGUUCUGGAGGCCAUGCUCUUUGAGAUCACGCAGCUGCGCCCUUCGGCCACCGUCCCAAAGUACUCUCCCCGCAUCAUUGCUGUGCUGAUGACCGCGCUGGCCAAACUCGCCUCACGCAGCCAGGACCUGAUCCCAAGGGUCUCCCUCUUCUUGUCCAAGCUGCGGACGUUUGUCCAAAGCCCGGCGGUUGUCUCCACCUACACUGCUGAUGAUGCCGAAGCGAUCCUGACCCGAGCCACUGAGUUGAUGAACUUGCUGAAAAUGCCCAGCGUGGCUCAGUUUGUGCUGACCCCAUCAGCAGAGGUCUCCAGCCCUCGCUUUCAUCAGGACACACACACUUCCUUGCCUCUUGCCAUGAAGACAACUACUCGACUUUUGGAAGGAGGAGAAGGAAGAGGAGCUGGCUCCGUUCCUGGUUGAGGCAGGGAAACCUGUGCCUUUCAGUCUGCUACAUUCAAGAUUCUUGGUUUUGGUGGGUAUAUAUCUUAGCAGUCUGCAUUUGGACAUGAGCUGGAUUGAUCAAGAGAAGGACAGCUUUGUGAAUGGUGCAAAGAAGUCAGUUUGGUUAAAGUGAACCAUUUCCGUUCUCCAAACAGAUUGGAUUAUCCAUUUGUUUGGUUUGGCGGAGACAGACCUUGCUGAGUUCCUGGAUACCUGGUGAGUCCCAGGCAGGUCUUGUUCUUUAAUCUAUCUAAAUAAAAAUGUAAUGUUC